AUGGGUCCAACACCUCGCUUGCGCCCUCCCUCGCGCGCAACACCCAAGGGCGCAGCGCGUGAUGUCUCAGGCGCCCGCACAGGAGUCCCACCUGGCCCGCCUGCCCCGCCUGCCGCCGGCGCCACCGAUAUAAGCCCCAGCCCCCCCCGCAUCCGGCUCCCCAGACUCGCUUCCACCAUGAAGAGCGACAAGCAAGAGGAUCAGUACAUCGAGCAGUACGACGACGCAAAGGCCGACGCCAUGGCCGGCCGUCGCGGCUCGCACAUGGUCGGCGGCAUGAUCAUCGAGAACCCGCUGCAGGUCGCAGUCAUGGGCCGCAAGUUUGCCGCGACGCACGACCUCGCCGAGAAGGAGGACCUCUUUGAGCGGGCGGCCCUCGUCGCGCGCGACCCCGACAACUUCCAGAGCCUCACGUGUCUCUCCCCCGAGGAGCAGAACCAGCUCGCUUUUGAGCGCGACCACAAGUGGCGCGUCCCCAAGAUGCUCGUUUUCACCAUGUUUGUCUGUGCCCUCGGUGCCGCCGUCCAGGGCUGGGACCAGACCGGCUCCAACGGCGCCAACCUGUCCUUCCCCGUCGAGUUCGGCCUGCUCCCCCCGCCUGCGACUGAGGGCGCCCAGCGCCGCGACUUGCUCCCACGUGCCGGCCCCGCCAAGGGCGCCGGUCAGAGCCGUGGCGACUGGAUCGUCGGUGUCAUCAACGCUGCUCCCUACCUUGCCGGCGCGAUUCCGGGAGUCUGGCUCUCGGACCCUCUGAAUCACUGGUUCGGGCGUCGUGGAGAGAUCUUCAUCACUGCUGUCAUCCUUGUUGCGACUCCUAUCGGUUCUGGCUUCUCGCAGACGUGGUACCAGCUGCUGGCGAUCCGUCUGGUGAUGGGAAUUGGCAUGGGCGCUAAAGCUGCCACUGUGGCGGUCUAUUCCGCCGAGCUUGCUCCGACGCGCAUUCGUGGCGCCCUGACCAUGGGCUGGCAGCUGUACGUGUGCUUCGGUAUCUUCCUCGGUUUCGCGGCCAACUGUGUCGUCAUGAACGUCAAGGACAUUGCGUGGCGCCUGCAGCUCGGCUCGGCCUUCAUCCCCGCGCUCCCCCUCGCGUGCUUCAUCUACCUCUGCCCCGAGUCGCCGCGUUGGUACAUGAAGAAGGGCAAGUACCGCAAGGCGCUGCACUCGUACGAGCGCAUCCGCAACGGCGAGAUCAUUGCCGCCCGUGACCUGUACUACUCGUACGUGCUCUACAUGGAGGAGCUCGCCGAGGCCCGCGGCGCCGGCUACUUUGCGCGUCUCCGCGACUGCUUUGCCGUCCCCCGUAUCCGCCGCGCGACCGUCGGUGCCUCCGUCGUCAUGCUGGCGCAGCAGAUGUGCGGUAUCAACAUUAUCUCGUUCUACUCGUCCACCGUCUUCGUCGAGUCCGGCUUCUCGGACAAGCAGGCGCUCUACGCGUCGCUCGGCUUCGGUGCGCUCAACUUUACGUUCGCGAUUCCCGCGCUGUUCACGAUCGACACGUUUGGCCGCCGCUCGCUGCUGCUGUCGACGUUCCCGUUCAUGAUCAUCACGCUGCUCGGCACCGGUCUCUCGUUCCUGAUCCCGUACCACGAGGGCGGCUCCAAGGCACGCCUCGGUGUCGUCGCGACCUUUAUCUACCUCUUCACCUGCUUCUACUCGGUCGGCGAGGGCCCCGUGUGCUUCCUCUACGGCGCCGAGGUGUUCCCGACCGUGCAGCGUGAGCAGGGCAUGGCGUUCGCCGUGUUCGUCAACAUGCUCUUCGCCGGUGUGCUCGGCCUCACGUUCCCCGCCAUGAAGACGGCCAUGACCCCGCUCGGCGCCUUCUGCUUCUACGCCGGACUGUGCGCCAUCGCGUUCGUGCUCAUCUUCCUCUUCGUCCCCGAGACCAAGGGCAUCUCGCUCGAGGAGCUCGACGACGUCUUCAGUGUCCCGAGCGGCCGCUUCAUCUCGUACCAGACCAAGCAGUGGCUGCCGUACUUUGUCAAGCGCCGCCUGCUGUGCAUCUCGCGCGCGCAGCCUCCGCCUCCUCUCCGCGCCAACUACCGCGACCGCGCAAAGAGCGGCGUGCUCGAGGAGCCCGUCGACAUUGCCGAGGUCGACGUUAAGGCGUAG